AUGGAGCGUUUCAAUCGAAUGCUGGCCGCCGCUCAGGGCAUGGGCAUGGGUCAAGGUGCUGCCGGCGGUGACACGAACUUGGUCGAUAACUCCGAAACCGUCUACAUUUCAUCCCUCGCCUUGUUGAAAAUGCUCCGACAUGGGCGUGCCGGUGUACCGAUGGAAGUCAUGGGCUUGAUGUUGGGAGAAUUCGUGGACGACUUCACCGUGCGCGUGGUGGAUGUCUUUGCCAUGCCUCAGUCGGGAACCUCCGUCAGUGUCGAGUCCGUCGAUCCAGUCUUCCAAACCAAAAUGAUGGAUAUGCUGAGACAGACUGGUCGCCCCGAGACCGUGGUUGGAUGGUAUCAUUCUCAUCCCGGCUUUGGCUGCUGGCUGUCCAGCGUCGAUAUCAACACACAACAGUCUUUCGAGCAAUUGACUCCUCGCGCCGUCGCCGUAGUGGUCGACCCCAUUCAAUCCGUCAAAGGAAAAGUGGUCAUCGAUGCUUUCCGGUUGAUCAAUCCGCAGACGAUGAUGAUGGGACAAGAACCUCGCCAAACGACAUCCAAUCUCGGUCAUCUCAACAAACCAUCCAUACAAGCUCUCAUCCACGGUCUGAAUCGUCAUUACUACAGCAUCGGCAUCCAAUACCGCAAGACCGGCCUUGAGGAGAACAUGUUGAUGAACCUGCACAAAGAAGUCUGGACGGAAGGUCUCGAACUACCACACAGCUUUAGCAACGAACGCAAACGCAACGAAGAAGGAUUGCAACAACUCGUCUCGCUCGCCGAUGGCUAUGAGCGGAGAGUGCGGGAAGAGAACGAGCUAUCGCCGGAGCAGUUGAAGACGCGGUACGUGGGCAAAGUCGACCCGAAGAAACACAUCGAAGACGUGGGUCAGCGGCUCAUCGAAGACAACAUCGUGGCUGUGUCAAGGCAGAUGAUCGACAAGGAAGCCAGUGUGGCGAAGAAGGCGCAACAGACCAACGGCAAUGGGACCCAUGCACUGCACAAUGGCGACAUGGAUGUUGACGAGGAGUUGUGA